CAAAUAUUGCAAACGGGCCCAUAGCCUCCCCUAAAGCACAACCAAGCGAUUACAAAUUUGUAGAGAGAAGCGAAUGGGAACAGCAGCAGCCCCAUGGAAGCAGAGGCUGGUACAGGCAAUGGAGUCCAACUCUCGCCUCAGGCACUCGUCCUACUUUCAGCUUGCAACGAUUGGAUUAAAUGGGAGACCUUCGAAUCGCACCGUCGUUUUCAGAGGAUUUCAAGAAAACAGUGACAAAAUUCAAAUCAACACUGAUAUACGUACUCGCAAGAUUGAAGAGCUUAAGCAUUGCCCAUUUGCCGAGAUUUGUUGGUACUUUACUGAUUCUUGGGAGCAAUUUCGGAUCAAUGGAAGAAUUGAUGUUAUUGAUGGGUUGGAUCCUGAUCCUGUCAAACUACAGAUUAGAGAGAAAUCUUGGUUUGCCAGUUCUGUGAAAUCAAGAUUGCAGUACUUAGGCCCUAAUCCAGGCUAUCCCUGUCUAGAGAAACAACCCAUGGAGUUUUCUCUAGAUCCUUCUACUGGCCCAGUUGAUGCAUUUUGCCUGCUGGUUCUAGAUCCAGAUCAGGUUGAUUACUUGAAUCUGAAGAGUAACCAAAGGCUAAUGUUUACAUGUAAACUAAGUGACAACGGAGAGAAAUGCUGGACUUCAGAGAUUGUCAACCCGUAAUCUCAAUUUUGUGUGCUAAGAGAAAUGUGGAAAAAUCUGUUUCCUCCAUGAAACUUAUAAUGAAUUAUUGGGGAUUGAUUUGAAAAUAAAAACAUCCCCUCAAGCUUACCUCACAACUACAGAUUCUUUUCUUUUACUUGUUGGAAGAUAAGAGUGAUAAGAUUUAUCUGAUAUUCUCAAAUAAAUUAGUACUAAAAACAGUCAAAAGUCUUGCGUA